AUGCCCUCCUUCUUCCCUAGCUUCCAUCUACCCAAAACCCGCUCCAAAAAUGGAGCUCCAGCAGUGGAUUUCGAGACUCCAAGAGAUGUGGUCCAUGAUUUGGACGAUUUGAUGGAUGUUCAGUCGCGCGUGACCCGCCAAUACUCCGUGAGACAUAUGCCUACGAUGCCUGUCUACGAUCAUAAGACUGGCCAGCUCUUGGAUGGAAAGAGAGUGAUGUCGACGCCGCACACAGGGAGAAACGAUACGAGGAAGUUUGCGUAUCAGGAUGUUCCGUUGCCAGAAUUGCCUCCACCGGUUCCAAAAAAGGAGAAGACUUAUAGUUCUCAUGGCGGCUUCCGUCUGAGUAGUUAUGGCCCAUACACACUGGCACCGCUUGUAGUGCAAGAGCAGCUGCGGCCGCUACAAAGCGAAAUUGGUCAGCCCGGUGAUAUGGAGGAAUUAGACGAGUUCCAGUCGGGGUUCUCGGAUCUGCCGGUAUCUCAUCAACCGUUGGAUACGGCAAUAGACUGUACAACAAUCAGCACUACCCUGAAACAAAGCUCGACAUUUGACAACGCAACACCAUACAAUGCAGCACCAUACCACUCUAGCAGUACGAUAGGCUCCCAAGUAUACCAACUUGCCGAUAAUCCCAGCUAUAUCAGCUCGCUUCUUCAUGUCUAUCUCAAGGACGAUGUUGAAAGCGUCGCCUCUCAAUCCAGCUCAGUAUAUGAUGAGCCGUUGACACCUCCUCCAGCAUCCAACGAGGGAAGUUUUAUUCGCGCCACGGAACAAGCGACCUUUAAGUACCCCAGCGUGGCAACAAACACGAACCCCGUAGCAUCCCAUUACCACAGCCGUUCCAUGCCCAUGAACUCAGAUUCGAGGAGCGAAUCUCAGCAUAUGAUUCACAAUCAAAGACGAAUCAAGAGUGAAUCACCAAGAUCAAGUAUCACGAAAGCAUCUUUUGCCAAUACCGACUUUCGCCUUGAUGCCGGCGCGGAUUACGACAAAUCAAGAUUCAUGAUCCCAGUCGAUCAGAGAAUCCAAAGCAAGAGAUAUUCAUCAUCACAGAUUCCAAUGAGUGUCGUUCAGAAGAUGCUGUCGUCUUCUGCGUCGAGCUCGUCCCUAGACAAACCCAAAACCAAAUCAGCAGCUUGGAAGCGUUGGUCACAUGUACCUACUAAACACUUCAGUGUGCCUGAAAGUAUACCAGCAAAAGAAGAGACUUCGACUCUGCAUAAGAGUGUGCCACAUUAUGAUGUAUUGGCAAAAGAGUUACCUAAAGUGAGAGCGGUGCCACAGCAUCGUCAUUCGACAGAUGUUUCUUCUUUCAACUACAAAGCGAAAAUGAUGCAAACCCUUCAAGAUCCUAACAGCCAGAAAAGACAAUCUAUGUAUGUGAAUCCAUCGCAACGGGCUGUCUCUAAUUCAAUAAUGGAGAUCAAGAGAAUACUCCGAGGGUCGGGAAAUUGA